AUGGAUCAGCUCCCAUUCGCCCCAACGCCGGAGACAACCUCCAGGCCCAAUACCCCCGAAGUCCGCAAUUUGCAGCAGGAUAUUGGGAAGGUACCAAAGGAUCUUGGGAUGACCCCACUACCCUCAGCACCUUCGACGACCAGCAGUUCUACACCGACGAGUACAACUGACUCAUCGAGGAACGAACUCUGGAAGAAGAGUGGCAAAGAACCACCUUCGAAGGAAUCGACAACUCUUUCCUCCCUACCCGGGGAGUUGAUCGAGAAGGUGGACAAACCACAGUUGAAAGAACGGAUGCAGGAGGAUAUCGAAGAGAUGAAUCUCCAGGGUCAUUCGGAGAGGCCGGACCAAUGCUCCACGCCUCAGAGCUCGACGGGGGGAUCUACUCCUCCACCGGAACUCCAAGAGAGGCAUGGGGAGUCCACACAGAGUCAGGAAAUCAAUUACCAGACUCACACCUCGAGGGAGACGUCUCCAGUUGGAGCCCAGACACUGGCUCCUUCUAUGAGACAGAAGUCAUCCGGCUCGAAUCUGAAGUCGCCUCAAAGAGAUCCACUUGCAUCUGUAGCCGGGUAUAUCAAAGGUAUCACCAAAUCACUCUACAACUUGCACGAAGAAUCCGUCAAUUGGCCAGGAAAGAAAGAGGAGUGGCCGAGGAAAAAGGGAUACUGGAUUGGGGAUCGCUCAUUCCAGUGGAGACCUGGAUCACCCCCGAAGAGGGAUCCUGGGACUUACCCCCAAUAUCCUCUGAAUCAACCGCCAACGACAUCUGGCACUCCAUUGCCGGGGACGGUUGGAACUCCCCCUGGCCAAACACCUCCUACGGGGCCAUAUGGCCCAACCCCAUGGCCCGAAUGGAUGUUCACGGAGACUUAUGGGACUCGCUCUCGACCCCUAUCAGCAUCGGGGAAGAAUACCGAACGAUCCCAGAGGAAGAAGAAGAAAGUAAAGAUAGUGGUACCUCCACCGACACCUCCUCUGACGCGGACGAAACCAUCCAUGUCUUUGGUGCUGAACUUCAGCACUGAAGACAUCUUCAAUACCAAGAAACCGGGGGGAGACUGGACCAAACCACACCUACCAACUGAGGUGUUUUGGACCACAUCUCCGGACCCCGAACUAGGAAAGAGAGCUUCCUCUCUUUCCCAAUACAGAGGCACGUCACGCCCUGGAGAAACAGAUGAAGAAAUGGACAUGGAUCGUCUCAAGCGAGAGAAGCGGUGUUUCUGA